AUGAAUUUACAAUUUAAUACUAAAAAUAUUAAUUAUCGUCCUGGUCAUAUGUCUGAGCCUCGUCCACCUCUAUUAUCAACAACAUCAUAUAUUCAUUUACAUCCUAAUGUUAAUCAAAAGUCCAAUCUUUAUGAUGCUGCACAACGAAAAUAUUCUCAUCCUGAUCGAAAAUUUCAAACAAGUUCAACUACUACAUUUUCUGACUACACAAAUAUAUCUGAAUAUAAAAGAAUCAAUAAUUUGCAAAAAACACUACCAGGUAAUAAUGUUAUUGAUUUUAAACCUAAUAAAAAUACCAUUUAUGUUCAAAUAUCUUCUCUUGUGUCUCUUGAUUGCUUUCAACAACCAUCACGUAAAAAUCGUCGAAAAUUACAACAUGCUGAGCAAUAUAAAAACCAAGCUCAACUGUUUGAAACAAAUUAUGAAAAUGUUAAUGAUAAAUUUUUACCAACAUCAAAUGAAUUUAAUGGAUUAAUCUUAUGGGAUUCAAUGCUCAAAUUUGUUAGUCCAGACAAAGUAAGUCCACAUGGCAUCAAGGUAAACGUAUCUUUUCAAUCUGGCUGCGAGUGCAGCCGAAUGCUUAACUCUUUAGAAAAACAGCAUCUUGAACAAAAUCAUAUAUUACAAGUGGAUUUUGUUGUGUUUUCUCUAUGUACAAAUGAUGUUGCUAAUUUAGGGCUUAAUCUAACUAUUCAACGAUAUCGUUAUUUAAUACAGCAUGUACGACAAUUAUUUCCAUAA